CUCAUCUUACUCCACCAGGGGUCGCACUUCAGCCAGGUUUUCUUUGCGGAACCAUUGAGCAACAGCUCCCUAGAUCCAGGGAGCGAAGAGAGUGUGACACACAUACCUAAAGGUUUUUUGACCAUGGUUUGAGGAGACAAACCAAAAUGGCCAACCGCCGUGUUCCACUAGUCUUGUUAGCCUGCGGUUCGUUUAAUCCAAUCACUAACCAGCACAUGAGGUUGUUUGAGCUGGCCAGGGACCACAUGCACAGCACAGGCCAGUACCAGGUGGUGGGUGGCAUCGUGUCUCCAGUGAGUGACGGCUAUGGAAAGCAAGGCCUGGCAUUGGCUAAGCACCGCAUUGCUAUGGCAAAACUGGCCGUCAAGAGCUCCAACUGGGUCAUGGUUGAUGAAUGGGAGAGCCAGCAACCAGACUGGACAGAGACAGUGGUCACUAUGAGAUAUCACCACGGACGUAUUCUAAAGGAGUAUGAGCAAAGCACAGGGAUGAUCAACAACUCCAGCGGUAACACCACUCCCCUUUCAAACCACUCUCCCCAGCUGAAACUCCUGUGUGGAGCUGAUUUCCUUGACACAUUCAAGAUCCCAGGCUUGUGGCAGGAUGAGCACGUGGAGGAGGUGGCCGGGCGUUUUGGCCUCGUCUGCAUCAGUCGAGGCAGGCUGCAGCCUGAGCGGGCCGUGCAUGAAUCGGACACGCUCUCCCGCCACCAACAAAAUAUUUUCCUGGUGAGGGAAUGGGUGAGGAAUGAGACGAGCGCCACAGAGGUGCGGCGGGCUCUGAGACGGGGUCUGAGCGUGAAAUACCUGAUCCCCGACUCUGUGAUAGAAUAUAUUCACCAGCACAACCUUUACACAGAGGACAGCGAGAGGAGAAAUAAGGGCAUGGUGCUGAGGCCGCUCACCAAGCAAGCACAACAGCCAGUGAAAAGUCUGGAUGACUGUAGCGGUCCACAGCGGACCUCACAGACUGAAAGUAAAGAAACCAGCAAAGACACAGCCAACAUGCCAGCUGAUCUGAACGGAUAUUGGAAAAUGAUUUCCAGUGAUAACUUCGAGGAGUACCUGAAAGCUCUCGAUGUAAAUGUCGCCAUCAGGAAAAUUGCAACCUUGUUGAAGCCUGACAAGGACAUCGUCCAUGACGGGGACCACAUAAUCAUCAAGACCCUCAGCACCUUCAAAAACUACAACAUGGACUUUUACGUGGGCAAAGAGUUUGAGGAGGAUUUGUCUGGAGUGGAUGACAGGAAAUGCAUGACCACUAUCACUUGGGAGGGAGACAAGCUGGUCUGUGUGCAGAAGGGAGAGAUUGAAGGUAGAGGCUGGAGCCACUGGGUGGACGGAGAUGAGCUUCAUUUGCCAGAAAGAAAAGGUCUAAACACAACAGUGUCACCAGCUGCCACCAUGCCUGCAGACUUCAGUGGGAAAUGGAUACUGGAAACCAAUGACAAAUUUGAGGAAUAUUUGAAAGCAUUAAAUAUUGACUUUGCUACAAGGAAAAUUGCCCUCGCCCUGUCUCAGACCAAGGUGGUCAUCCAAGAUGGAGACAAAUUUGACUUCAAAACACUAAGCACCUUCAGGAACUAUGAGCUGGCCUUCACUGUAGGGGUGGAGUUUGAUGAGUACACCAAGGGACUAGACAACAGAAAUGUCAAGAGUCUGGUGACCUGGGAGGGGGACAAGCUGGUGUGCAGCCAGAAAGGAGAGAAGGCCAACCGUGGCUGGAAACACUGGAUCGAAGGAGACAAACUCUACCUGGAGCUGACGUGCGAAGAUAUAGUUUGUCUCCAGGUGUUCAAGAGAAAAGAAUAAAAGGCAAAGGUCUUUGUUUGCUCCUCAACAACAGGUUUUUUCCAAACACGUGAACAAGAUGAAUAAAGG